CGCCGACGUCUGCUUUGGUUUCGCGCGGCUCGCUCGGCGUGGUUGGCGUGGUGCUCGCUGACGAUUGGCCUGAUCGAGGCUGACCCGGCAGGCAGGGUUGCGUGCGUGCGUGCGUGCCUGCGUAUUCGCGUGCCUGCCUACACACAUUUUGCUCGCCCCUCUCGGGGUAGACGGGAUCCUCUCUCGGGACUCAGGAGUAUCUUCCCCUCGGCUCGUCCGUCGCGCAUACAUCAUCAUCCACUCCGCGGCCGUCGAAUGCGUCGUGACAGCGUGCCGCUCGCUGCGCCUUUUUGUUUACCCGCCCGAUGGUUGGCGACGCUCGAGAUCGCCGUCGCGAUAUGAGCGCGAGGCGCACGGCCGCGGUUGGCGAUGACAGCUGUCACAGGGAUGUCGGAGUCGGGACACUGCGGCCAGGCGACAGGACAUCGCGCGGACGUCGAGCGCUAAUCGAGUUGCUAUCCCCAUGCUUGGCAGUAAUUUUCUUGGAACCACUUUAAAACCACCCCUCGAGCAUGGGCUCGAGCAGGAGAUCCGGCUCCGGCGGGAGCCGCGCGAACGCGGGCGUUCUCAAGGAGCGCGCCAACAUGUCGUUCAUGCUGGUCGUCAUGUUCUUCGCCGUGUUCGGCCUGAUCGUCCUCACGGAGAUAUUCCUGAUCGACGAGAGGCGCGGUGUGAGCCUCGGCGGCACCGGCGUACUCGGGGGUCACAGGAGCGGUCAUCGAUUGCCAGCUGCGCCCGAUCGUCCGGAUUACGGGGAAGUAGGAGCUGAAGAUUACGCCGGUUUGAAGGGUAGCUUUGACGAGCACGUCGGGUUACUGGUACGCGGGGAGAAUGGCGGACAGAAGACGGUAAUACAUCCGGAUCCGCGUGGCUUACCAAGCUUACCGCCCAGCUUGGAAGCUCGUUUACCGCAGCUGGAUCAAAAUCUAAAGGUCACGCAUGCCGAAUGGUUGCCAGUCACUAACACGAGGUUCAAAUUUUUCGUUUAUUCGGCAUAUUUCGACAACAGAGUUAGCGGCGCGGGUACGCCGGUUGGCAAGAGUCAGGGUGUAGUACGUGUGAUAAGCGCUACUAAAACCAGAGGACCGGAGCGUGUUUGGUGUAGGCUCUGGUAUCGACAACAAAACGGCGCAAACGUCACUGCCUCGGUAACGGUAGCUGCCAAAGUUAAGGUGAUCCGGGAAAAUUGGAAUCUCAAGUACAGUGCCUGCUUCGUGAUAUGUCCGCUACCUAAAGAAUCCCCGACGACGGAUAAGGUGCCAGAAGCGGUCAGUGUCGUCGCGAGACUGCGAGCGGUUCCGACGAAUCGUAUCCUAGUACAGAAUCGUUUCGAGAGCAGGACGAACGACAAGGAGACUUUGGCUGUUUGCGUCAAACCUUUGCAUUAUUAUUACAAUAGGGUUCUGCAAUUGGUGGAAUUUAUCGAGUUGCACAGACUCCUGGGCGCUACCCACGUCACCUUGUAUAACGAUACUGUAGGCGCAGCGGCCGGCUGCGCGUUAAAAUAUUACGAGAACAAGGAUCUGGUUACGGUGCUACCGUGGCAUCAUCUCGACAUGAUUUCCCAGCGGGAAAUUCGCACGGAGGGUCUUUUCGCGGCGCUUAACGAUUGCCUCUACCGGUCCAUGUACAAGUACGAGUAUGUGGCGCUCGUAGAUCUCGACGAGUAUAUUAUACCGAGGCAUAACGACACCAUAAUCGAUCUGUUACGGUGGAUGGGAAAUCGAAUCAACAUCAAAUCCACGGGCGCGUUUUCCUUUCAAAACGCCUUUUUCUACCUGCAAUGGGCGGACGAUCCGUUCGUGGCGACCAGCCGCACCCCCACCGAGGCCGGUUUGAUCACCCUGAAGAAAACACGGCGCAGGACCAAGUUGCAUCCGCACAAGCAACGCAGCAAGUAUAUCUGUAAACCGCAGGACGUGGUGGAGGCGGGUAAUCAUUUCGUCUGGGAAUUUAUUCCGGGUCACGGGACCCUGAACGUGCCCUCCGACGCCGCCAUCCUGCACCAUUACCGCGUCUGCGAGUUCGGCGGCGACGACUGCAUCAAGACGCAAUCGACGGUAGAUAGAACGGCCUAUAAAUACCGAGAACGGCUCUCGACUAAUGUCGACAAGACGUGGACGGAAUUGCGCGCCGAGUGCUCGCUGCCGGAGCUCGACCCGGUCCCGGCGUUGACACCGCGAAUCAAAGCCAGCCCGCUCGGCAAGUUGGUCAGGUAGCGAAAAACCAUCGUUGAGAUUCUGUGGGACAUUGGCAACUUUACAGGUACACCGAAAGUCGCGAGGACCUAUUUCUACAACUACGGCGGUCCUUAGUCUUCUCGCUAAAACUGAGCUAAGCGAACUUCCGUCUUCUUUUUUUAUGAAACUCCCAUCGAGUCGCGUGUGUUUUUCAAUUUGCGGAAGAGGAGAAUACGCUUACCGGCGAGAGAAUAAUAGAGAUUGUCGCGAAAAAAAAAACAAAAAGAAAAAGAAAAAACAAGACGCGAAUUAAUCAUAUUUUUCUACGUGACGGAUCCUUGAACGGUUAGCGAAAUCUGGGGACAACCUGCCAAGUCUAUCGAGUUUGACACUACAUGGGUGGUGCUUCUCUCUCUCUCUCUGUAUCUCUUUCUCUCUCUUUCUCUUACGGUUUUAUACGGACUCUUGUAUCUGUAUAUCUUACAAUUCUUUCAUUCGUACGUGCAGCAAAUCUGUCUGCGACAAUUGUAUUAUCGUUAAGAAAGAUUGUUACACGGAGGGCCUAAAUUGCGGGCUAAAAGAAAGCAGUUUGGUGAUAAACGGCGAGCAACAUUAGAUAUUAUUCCUAUUGUACCGUUAUUUCGAGGGUAAACCUUUUUUUUUUUUAGAUACUUGUAAAUCCACACAAUGUAUCUUAUGCAUAUCCAUAGAAUCAAUAAUUAGUAUAGAUGAUAUAUGUACAAUAUGUAUUUAGGAGACUGUUAGAGAUUAAAUCUGCAGAGACAGCCUAGAAUGCAACAAUGCUCUCGAGAGAACAUUAACUUCAGAUGCAGUCCGUUUAAAAUUCUGAAAUCUAAUACUGAAAAAUCACAAAUUUAUUUAUUUAACAUAAAGUUAUCGGUCAGUAUAUUUUUUUCGAAUAUAAUAUUUUUAGUAUAAUAUUUUCCUCUCCAAAACUUUAUAAAUUUGAUUUAAUUUGGAGUUUAGGUGAAUCCGUUUGUUUUUACUUUCAUAUCUUUCUAUACAUCCAUACGCAAAAGUAUAAAAAGUAAAUGGCUUUGUGAUACAAUAAAUUGUGUAAUUCGUCCGCGUUUACAAUCGUCUCGUCUUGCGUCGAGAAAAUUCUACAUAAUGUGAGAAUUUUUUUUAUAUAGAUAAUGUUUUUUAAAACGAAGAUAAACACGAAGGAUAUUGAUUUUCGCUGCGCAAAAUUCUAUUAACGCCUGAUCUGUUAUUGUUAACGUUUAUUUAAUAUAUAACAGGUAAAUAUCGAAAAUAUCGAAAAUUUAUGUACAAGUAAACAGAUCGAUCAAUGGUGAAAAUGAAAGAAACUGCACAAGGGAAUUUGAUAUAGAAAAAUAAAAUACGAUUGUAUCACAUAGAUACAAUUUACGAGAUGAUAAGAGGAAGAUUUCUGAAUCGGUACUUCGUAAUAUACCGAAUGCUAUUGUGGCAGAUGAAUUUAAAAGUUUUUCUAUUUAUUUAUUUAUUUGUUAAUACGAAGAAAUCAUAUUUCUUACGCACACGCAAGUUUAUGUAUAUAUGUGUAUACACGCAUGUGUACGUACAUGACACGUACAUGUAAAAUAGACUUAAGGUACAUACAUGUGAUCGGUGCUGAGCUACAGUCGACGACGUGUCGACGUUGAUUAUGUUGACGAAAUUAAUAAAUAUGAUACUAGGACAAUA